UCAACAUUUAACAGCCUUCGUCUAAACAGGGUGUCGGUGUUAAAAAAGAACGUGAAAAAAAUCGAAAAAGCUGUCUGUCAUCUCAGAAAUAGUGUCAAAACCCGUCCGAAAAUACAAAGAAUCUCGCGGAACGAUUCCUAUAAUGUGUUUGUUUGUGAUUAUUUAGUGCCCAAAGCUGUUAUUAAGUCAAAAUUCGCCUACAACUUUAUAAGUGUUCUCUUUAUAAAGGCGAUACAUUUUGGCGAUAGUCAAAUCAGAUUGCUACCUCGAAAAGCAUGACAAAUUUUCGUCGUGCUUCCUUAACUAAACAUCGCAGUUUUCCGGUAAAUUUCGGCUGAAACGGAUCGGUUCGAAGUUACUAAAUUGAAGAUCUAAUUUUAACUAUAAAGUUAAAUAUGGCAACCACGGCUCGUAGAAGAGACCCUGAUGAUGAUAUCGCUGCCAUUGCAAAACAGAUUUCUGAUCAGGCUGAAGCUAUUUACCAAAAUUGGAAGUCCAGGGGUUUGGGACCGGCUGACCUUUUGACCUGCCAUGCUGCUGGAGAUACCACAAAGUUGGGGUCCAUGUUAAAACCGCAGCCACCAUCCAAGCCAGCCUCUCUGGACAUUCUGGCGCAAGCUCCGACAAUGGACAACAACAGGCUGGAGAAGCUGGUCAAAAAUUUUGUAGAUGAAGACAAAGCUCGAAUCGCAGCGGCCAGAAACAAAUCGCAGUCGCCUGUGACGUCACCGGUCAACAAAAUGCCUUCCAGCAUCCAGUACGCGUUGCAAAAGUUCGAAAAAGGUUCUAGUCAAACGGACAGUGCGAACGGGGUCGGGGUGAGAGACGGGGGGAGCGGGGCGGGUAGUUAUUUGCGGAAAACGGCUACGUUGCCCAAUAGAAAAGUCGGUGUGGGUAGUGGGGGUUUGAGUGGGUUAAGUGGUGGGGGUAAUAGUGAUUCGGGUGUGGGGGUGAAUAGUUAUAAUUCAUCGAGUACAACGAAUUUCGUGCAGCACCAACAACCAGUGAAGCCGGCGAUAGGUCAGAAGCCUCAGAUUUCACCGAAACCUCGUCUGAGCGACACCAUCGAAAUGACGCUACCGCCGGACGUCGUGACAGGCGCAGGCUUACAAACGUGGCCGCUCAAAAACCGUGUCAUAGGCACAGAUAACGUCAAAAAAUCGGCAGGAACUACCGGAGAAAAUCACAUAGGAACCGGGUACCUUUCGACGAAGAAGACUUCUGCGGGCGGAGAAAAUCACGUCGUUGGAGGGUACCAGGGUAUAAAGAAACUAAACGGUGAUGGAGAAAAUCACAUUGGUAGCGGUUAUCACAAAUCACAGCCGUCUUCCGUAACAAUCGACCAAGUAGCGCUAGAAGAAAAAAGGCUCAUCAAUGCGCUUAAAAACGGUGAAGUCGUCAGUGAUGAACCUGUUAGGACGAUAGGGAAACUCAGUAGAGAUAUUACGCCAAUAAAACAGCCACCUACAACCAAAGAACCUCCUCCUCCCGAAAAACUUAUAGAUCCAGCGGUACCAACCACAACCCCAAUAAACUCUUCCAAAUGGGGCCUGCGCAGUACUCCACGGCGACCAGAACAACAAGUACCUCAUCCAGAACUGACCACAUCCCAAAGACAACACCUCCGACAAUCAGCUGCUUCCAAUCCGGUACGACCUUUUCUAACGAGAGGCUCUGUCGCUGAGAGAGUUCUAAUAUUCGAGAGGUGUCCAAGCGACUUACUUUUGGAUAAGAGAGUGAGAGCGCCUGUACCACAAAUUACGAAAACACAGCCUUUACCGAAACAGCCACCACUUCAACAUACUACUCUUCAGAGGCAUGUCAGAGCGCAUAGAAAUGUUAACAUACCGAGGUUUCACUUUCCUAGUGGCAAACCAGUUCCACCGGGACAUUUGGACAUCAUCAAAACUAAGGUCACAGCUGCCUUUGCAAAAAUUGGCGAAAGAGCUUCAAGGGAGCAUUUUGGUGCUCUUACUCAGGCUACACAAUUACCUCUUUAUUGGAAAACACCUUUAUAUUUAGCGGCUUGUGCAGAUAAGGGUAGCUGUACUUUGGAGCAGUUUAUGACAUUCUUUCAAAGUAUGUCUUCACAUUGCCACGAUGGAGCCAGUCGUUUUAUAUAUAUUCUCACACGAGGACGUCGCAGUUGGCUAGCUCCCGAAGACUUUAUUCCUUUGGUACAAGACGUCGUCGAAACACAUCCAGGCCUAACUUUCUUAAAGGAAGCAACCGAAUUUCACUCAAGAUACGUACAUACGGUUAUAGCCAGGAUCUAUUACUGUGUCAAUAGGUCUUGGUCGGGUAAAAUAACAACGUCAGAAUUGAGACGCUCCAAUUUGCUCAACAUAAUCCAAUUGUUAGAGGACGAAGAAGACAUCAAUCAGAUCACUCAAUUCUUCAGCUACGAGCACUUCUAUGUGAUUUAUUGUAAAUUCUGGGAACUCGACAGAGAUCAUGAUCUAUUUAUCGAUAAGCACGAUCUCACCAGACAUAACGAUCACGCCUUAUCCACUCGCAUAAUCGACCGUAUUUUCUCGGGUUGCGUCACAAGAGGCCAUAAAAAACACCAGGACGAGCGCAUGUCGUACACGGACUUCGUUUGGUUCCUCCUAAGCGAGGAGGACAAACUUCAUCCGACGGCUAUCGAAUAUUGGUUCCGGUGUAUGGAUCUGGAUGGCGACGGAUAUCUGUCAAUGUACGAAUUGGAAUAUUUUUAUGAUGAGCAGAUGCAUAGGAUGGAAUCGAUCGGAAUCGAAACGUUGCCUUUUCAAGACUGCCUUUGUCAGAUGCUGGACAUGGUCAAGCCCAAGAUACCUGGUAAAAUAGCCUUAAGUGAUUUAAAGAAAUGUAGAAUGACAUCAAUAUUUUAUGAUACGUUCUUCAAUUUAGAGAAAUAUUUGGAUCAUGAACAAAGGGAUCCGUUCGCAUCACAGAGAGAUCACGACAUCGACGGUCAAGAGAUGUCCGACUGGGAUAGAUAUGCAGCUGAAGAAUACGAACUAUUGGUUGCCGAAGAAGGAGGAAACGACCAACCAGAUAGUUUGGAAUACGAUUGUGGCUUUGAUAGGCUCAUUCGAUGAAGGAAACGAAGACGACCUUCUUUCUCAUCAUCUAGAUGGCGCGUUGGAUGAUGACGAUGACGAUGAAGACGAGCCCGCUGAGUUGUCGGAAGAUAGCGAUUGUAGUAUUUAGCAUAAUUGGAGCUACGUCUAAAUUUUCCAAAAUGUUCAAUUAGUUCCCCUAAGCAAUACGCCCCUCGACAACGAUAUUUAAUUUGAAAAAAUUUUAUUUUUUGAAUUUUUUACCAGUGUUAUACACUGAUCUCGGAAACAACAUACUAGAGCCUGAGUUAAUUACUUAAAACGUUUAAUUUAAGAAAUUAACAUAAAAUCGAAUCAUAAUUAGAAAAAGGAAAAUAACAGAAACAUAUUUCUGAUGAAGUAUUGGAAUAAAAUUGUGGGGAAUAGGAGAUAUUACUUGUAAUAAAGACUGAAAAUACCGACGUUGAUAUUAAAAUCAUUGAACUAAGAAUAAAAAAGCGGUUUCAUAUUUUGCUACAGUAAAAGUAAGUGUUUUCUUUGUCAUAACAGUUUUAAGCCCUAGAAUUUUACCACCGUACGUAUUUUUCUUUAAUUUAUUGUUACGGCUACGUAAUCGCAUAAAAAUUGUUUAACGAAUACAUAACAAAAUUAAUAAUAGAUACAAUUUUAGUUUUACAAUUCAAUUACAAUUUCUUUAAAAUGCAAAUAUAAUCUUGACUGGCAUACUUUAACACAGUAUAUAUACUUGACUGUCCACAGCCUUUAACCGUAGUUUCAGCAGGUUUUCCGAGCAGGUUUAUAUUCUUAUGUAUCUGCAUCUUGUGUUGAUUUUCUGUUAAGCUUUAAAAUCUCUAACUUCAUUAUCCUUUAGUCAUUGUCGUAACCUACAACUUUCAUAUUAAACUUUCAGGAAUAUUUACUUACUUUCUUUCGGGAGUAUUUAUUUAGAGUCCAAGAGGCAGCGCUGAAAAAUCUCUUUGAAUUUACUAAAGCUAGAUUUUUCACAGUUAAUUACUGUGAUUGUGUAGAGAAACAUACUGCGGU